AUGAAUUGGGGACUCUUCUCCGGUCGCGACGGUGAUGGCACUUUUUCAGUCCUAAACAGCAGAGUUGUGCCAGCAACGGUCCGGGUGUGGUGGAAGCAUGAGGAGAGUCCGACGCGCAACACAGCACAGGCGCAGGGAACGGUUCCUGCCUAUCUUCGGGACUGCGACAGCUACAUGUUGGCUACCGUUGGGGAAGCUGUGAUUGGCUUUGUGGUCGUCAAUUCGCCUUCACCAUCAAAGCUGCUAUAG